GGGAAAGGAAGGUCAGCAGCACAACAUAGCGAGGCGGGCGAUGGCGAGGAGGAAUGGCGGCCGGCGCCGGGAGCGCUGCGUGCUGACCUUCAAUGAGGAGGAUAGGAGGGAAUUUCUGACUGGCUUUCACAAGCGGAAGGUGGAGAGAAGAAAGAAGGCUUUGCAAGAAAUUAAAACAAAACUGAAGGAGGAACAAAAACGUGUGAAGGAGGAGAGACGCAAAGAAUAUGUGAAGAUGUUCAAAGAAAGACAAGAAGCAUUGGAGGAAGCUGACGAGUUGGAUCGACUGACAACGUCCAAGACAGAGUGCGUUCAGUACGACCAUCCAAACCACACAGUCACCGUGACAACAAUCAGCAGCUUAGAUCUGGGCCGCACCAACAUGUUCUUCGAUGGUGCCAAUCAGGAGUCGGCAGAAGUUAAGGAAGAGCAGGCAGCAGAGAAUGAUGAGGAAGUGGAAAUGCCUGAGACAAGUGACAUCCCAUUGCCGAGGAAACGAACUGAACCCAUUAUGUCUGCAAAGAUUUCUUCACUGACACAUGCGCUGCACUCGGCCAGUAAGAAACAACUGAAAGGAAAGAAGAGUUCUCGGAAGGUCAAACCCCUCCCCAAAGGCAAAACGACAAAAUCACAGAGGCGGAAACGGACAGGAAGGCCGGGGAGUGAGAUAUGAAUCUCAGAACACUUUCUCUUGGGCUUUUAUACGUUCCAAACUGCAAGAUGGCUGAGCAACAUCGAUGCUUAAACUGAGUAAUCAAAUCCUAGGACUAACAAAUGGAGGCAGCUCGCCCAGGAAAAAAUCGACCAUAGUUUGCUAGACUUGGAUGUUGUCAGAUCAAUCCAUGUAAGGACCAGUCAAAGUGUAGAAAUAAGGAAUUGCUGGUGCUGGUUUACAAAACAAAGGGCACAACAUGCUGGGGAAAUGUCCCAACCAGAAACGUCGCUUCUCCAUGCCCUCCUGAGAUGCUAUCUGACCCGCUGAUCUCCAGCACUCUGUGUUUUCUUACACAUGCAAGUGUAUCUGUUUUGGAUCUUUUUGUUUGUAGGACCGGACUGUUCUUCGUCUACAAAAUUCUUUAAUGUUCUCUCGUCAUGAUAUUUGUGUAAUCUACUAAUGUGGCUUGGGUACAUCUUACAGGAGACACAAGGAAACAUGUUGUUUACAAAAAACACAAAUUGCUGGACUUGAGUCCGAAAGAGGGACCGAACCCGAAACAUCCGCUAUCCAUGUCCUGCAGAGCUGCUGCCUGUCCCGCUGAGUUAAGGGCCUGUCCCACGAGCAUGCGACCUGCGUGCGGCAAGCGUGACUAAACCGGAAGCGGGGGCCACGCGGAGGUCGAGUGAAUGACGUGAAGUUCGCGCGUGACGUACGGCGUCAAGACGCUGUGUAUGCCCGUCGAGGCGGCUGCGGGCCAGCAGGCCGUUGCCGCGCGGAUUUUUCGAACACGGUCAGUUUUUCGGAGCCCCGCGCGAUGUCAGGACCAGCUCCGCACAACUCCAUACCGCUCCGGCGAUCGAAGUGGGACCAGCCCCGCAAGGCCGUACGGCUCAAGCCACCACGUUAGGUCGCGCUUGCCGCAUGGAGUUGCAUGCUCGUGGAACAUGCCCUUAACUCUAGCACUUUGUAUGUUUUUUUAACAUCUCAGAGGAGCUUGGACACCUCUUUGUCACUUGCUUAAAGUCUACAGUCAGUGUGGAAAGGCCAUUAAGUCACUGCCUGCUCUGCUCAGAAUUACGGGUGUUCUGAGAUGGAUCUUAUCAUCCGGUGCAGGUAGUCAAGUGGGUCCCAUUUAUAACUUUCUAGCUCACAUUUAAUGAUGCCAAUUAAACCUGAGAACUGAUUACUGUGUUGGGUUGGUGGAGGUAUGGAUUCUGAUUUUUGUUUUAAUGCAGCGCCUUAAGAAUUUAGAGUUUCGUUGUUGACCUGCUGCGGAAUGUGCACGUUACUAUGUUUGACCUGAUCUGAAUCAUCCAUUUUUUUCAAAUUAAAUUCUGUUCUUACAUUUUGUAAACAUGUU